GGAAGCAAAAUGUGUUUGCAACAGAGCAUGCAUACGUAAAUGUUUUAACCAGAGGUGACCUUUCAUCCCUUGCAUGGAUCGCAGCACCCUCACACCUUACCAUGGCAACAGGUGAUCGAAAUAAGCAGACGUGUCAAGUUCAUUAUGCUGCCCUCAACUUUAGAGAUAUUAUGCUUGCUACAGGGAAGCUACCUCCUGAUGCUUUGCCAGGUGAUCUUGCUCAAGAAGAUUGCAUUCUGGGAAUGGAAUUCUCUGGCUAUAAUUCUGAAGGGCAAAGAAUCAUGGGAUUGUUACCAGCUAAAGCCUUGGCAACAACUGUAAUGGCUGAUCGCCGCUUUACAUGGUCAGUGCCAACCGAAUGGGAACUAGAGGGUGCUGCCUCAGUACCUGUUGUGUACGCUACGGCCUACUAUGCACUGAUGGUGCGAGGGCGCAUGAAGAAAGGAGAAAGUGUUCUGAUUCAUUCUGGAAGCGGUGGUGUUGGGCAGGCUGCUAUCUCCAUUGCUCUUCAUCACGGUUGUAAAGUUUUUACAACAGUAGGUACUCAUGAGAAGAAAGCUUAUCUACAAGAUAAGUUUCCAUCACUGGAUGAUGAUUGUUUUGCAAAUUCUCGUAACACCACAUUUGAACAGCACAUUCUUACAGCAACAAAUGGGAAAGGUGUGAACUUAGUUUUGAAUUCAUUAGCAGAAGAGAAACUUCAAGCAAGUGUAAGGGUUCUUGCAAGGCAUGGACGAUUCUUAGAGAUUGGAAAAUAUGACCUGUCUAACAACACCCCACUAGGUAUGGCAGUGUUCCUUCGCAAUGUAGCAUUCCAUGGAAUCCUUCUGGAUGCCCUCUUUGAAGACGGUAAUGAUGAAUGGCAAAUGGUUGCGGAUCUUGUUACAGCAGGAAUCAAGUCUGGAGCAGUGACACCAAUAAGGACAACAGUCUUUGAAAAGAGUGAUGUAGAGGGCGCUUUCCGUUAUAUGGCGCAAGGAAAACACAUUGGAAAGGUCCUGGUUAAGGUACGUGAUUCUGUGGAGCCGUCGUUCUCUAUGAAUGCCUUAUCUUACACCUACUGCCAUCCUAACAAAGUCUACAUCAUUUAUUUAUUUAGGUUAAACAGCUUACCAUCCAUGCCAUGGC